AUCAGGUUCCGGGACAUCCCUGGUAACUAUGAUGAUUGUGAUGAUGAAGUCAGCAUUAGGCUGUGGAACAUCUCGUCUAGAUUUACACACUAAUUCACCCUGUCCCUGUCUCCCAUCUUACUCGCACAUCUGCUCUCCAUUAACCACUUGCGCUAGCCUACACCUCCUCUGUCUCCGAAUUUGACAUUACCCACAAUGCACCAUGCACCACAGGACACUUUGGCUCUGUUCCUAUCUGCAGGGACUGCAGCUUUCCAAACGUCAUGUGUUUAAUAAUCUAUAUUUGGGUUUCAGGUCAUACCGUGACUCUCUCUGUGUUGGACCGCAGGGGGGCUUAAAGUUGGAGGCAUUGAUUUAAUUUAACUUUCUUUUCAAAUAUGGUAUCGGAGCUUGAUUUGGAAUUUUCCUUUGUUUUCCUCUUUUCCCUGAACGCCUGCCAGACAGCUGGUGUGUAUUCACCCGGAAAAACUGGAUGCUGCCUUCAACCAGAUCCCAAGCACUGUAAAACCCACCAGAAAUAACCCACAAGGCAAUAGUCUGCAUUGUAGAACCAAAAUAACCAAGCAUGUAAGAAGUGAACAAAAGACAACAUUCAACAUUUAGUUAUUGUUUGAAAGUUAUUUCAAUAAUUUCCUCAGCAUCAUCUGAAUGGCCUUGAGCUGAAUAUUAUUCAGAAAUGACACAGCGCUUGCAAUAAAACAUUAAGGGUGGUUAAAAGUUGAGAAUGGAGGAGAACGCGUGUGGCUCUCGAGACAGUACACACAAUGCCUCCUAUUGUACAUCUGAAACACGUUCAGACUCAGAUCUUAAACACAUUCAACGACGCAUGACUUCAUUUCUGGUUUGGGGACAACGCUGGCCACAUGUGAUCAACUCUGAUGACCUUCAACAACAAGGAUCUGUGUUUGAGAUGCUUUAUAUGGUUAUUAACAUUAUAUAAGGAAACAUGUAGGAAACAAAAACAAUACUUCAAUCCCCGUUUUCAACCUGAAUGCAUGUCAUAAUAAUUGCCAAUGAAACUUUCUUUCCGAACUGUAAACACUUUAAUAUCCGGUAUGAUUAAAACGUGUGCCAGACCACGCGUGCGUCACGGUAGGUGUGUGUUUCCAAAGCCGGGUAAAUAUUUUUUAUUGUAAAUGUAUUGAAAAAUAACGACGUAUCCAGAGUAUAUUGGCAGAUUAAGCCCUAGAUAAGCACUGAGCCUGGUGGACAAACAGACACAGUUUAGGCUAAAUGAAACUUUGAAAGUAUUUGAUCGUUUCUUUCUCUUUUGGACUGGUUCAGGCUUGGUGUCGAGUUAACCCGUUGGACCGUGCGUCUGUACGCUGAUGACAUGCACAUGUCUGUGAGCCUUCCAAGCCCAACAAGGCCUUCUCCAUCAGAACCUGGCAUGCCUUAACCGAGGCCCAACAGCACUUUAGCUUAAUCUAGUUGCAGCUCCUGUCAGAGGCAACUGGGGAGACAUAUUUUACUUUCCCUAAAUCAGUACACCCUAAGGAGGGUCGAGAAUGCCAGGGAAAAGCGAGAUGUGUGUGAAGGGAGAGAGUACCUUUCGCUAAACGCUUUUACAGACACUUUGACCAAGGAAUGUGGUUUGGAAAGGUGUCGAUGUUAAUUGCAUGGAAACGUUGGCGAUUGCUGGACACCUCUGUGGUUUCAGCAAGAACGAACAAGGUCAGGUUUAUUACUGAAUCAGUUGAUGCCCAGAAGCAUUCCUAGGAGAGAAAACCCUGUAACAGCCUGUUGAUUGGAUGAGAAGCAUAUGUUUAACUCUAAGUAGAGACCCUUGACGGAAAAUAUGGGCAGGAAGACCAAUCCAAGAAAUCUGCAUUUCCUGUGUAUGACGUUCCGUAGGGGGUGAUGAGCACCUUGGGAAAAGCCAUUACCCUUUAAUCAGCUACCAAGAUAAGGGCAGAGCAAGACUGAGACAUAAGGAGAAAGAGAAAACCCAGCCAAGGAGCUGUGGGGUAAUGUGGUUUAUUUAUCCUAGAGGAACAUGUGAUGCUGAAAUGGUUACACAGAUUAGUUGAUCUGUUUCCUCGGGUCAUUAAAGACACAUCUAACAGCUCAGAAAUCAAAGGAGGAAAUUUAAGAAUAUUUAAAUGAAAGAUGACAUUGGCAAAGUUAAUGAACUAAACAAAUCAGUGUUAAAGACCCCCUUCAUCAGGGCUUGUAUGGGGGUAUGUGCAGGAAAACAAUGAAAUGCGGUGAAACUAAAGAUCUGGCCCUUUUUUCCUGCAACCAAGCCGCCUGCCAAGAAUUUCUGCGUAGGAAGAAAAGUUCAAGGAAUCAAAAAUAUUCUCUUCCCUGUGCAGUGCGAUGUGUGCCAUUAUAACUAAGACACAAGUCUGACUUUCUGUUUGUGCAGGACAUUUUUUUGAUUGUUGGAUUUCAAAUAGCACCUGAACAAACUACCACACAUGGGUCAGGACUUUUUCUUCACAGACCCCUGGGUUGGUCGGUCUGUUUCUUCGCUGGUGAACCACCACCAGUUUGCAGAAGUGCCUCGGCGGUAGGGCUUUUACUUUUGCCCAAAAAUCGAAUAUUUAUUAAUAAUAUUUUGACCAUUAAAUGCCUUCAGUAAGACCUGGAUUGGGUUUCGCGGGGUUUGUUUACCGGCGUUGCUAUGGUUACCGGUCUUGCGCGUUCCGACGGUUUAUUAGGUUUCUAAUAAAUCGCUGUCUAAUCAAUACUCCAUUCACCGCCUCUGCCGUGGUCAUUACAGUAUUAUGAAUAGACUCCGUCGGGUUCGGAGUCAAAGCCCUACUCGGCGUUGGCCAGCUAACCCCCCGGUCGAGCACGGUUGCGGUCAACAGCACCUCCAUCAACCUGUCUCCCAGAUAACAGCCCGGCAGUGAGUAGACAAUGGAGAGGUUUCUAUCCUUAGCCCAGAGGGGGUUGGUUGUCCGGACGUCUGAGGAAAGAGGCAUUUGGUUCGAGGAAAGAAGGCCUUCAUGCCGAUAGCAGAUGAAAUGUCAAAAGAUCGUUUGGUUUGGGGUAGUUGGUUUUCUCCUACGUCACGUCCGUCCUUCCAAACCAAACAAUACAGAAAUAGUCUGACCUCUUCCAAGGGGGCAUGUGACAACAUUCAGUGUUUAUCUCUGGAAUAAGAAGUUCCCUCUGCGACUGACUGCAGAAGUUUAUCUGGUCUUGUUCUUAUCAGUAAAGCUUUUUCACAUCAGUCAUGAUGUAGUUCAAGACAUAGAUUAGAAAAACCGAGAUCAUGUCGUUAAAUUAAAGUCAUUUUUUUAUAUGGGCCAUUGGAAACCAACGACAAGGAAUAGGAAUGCAUGGACCUCAGAUUGACGAAAGGGUGUUCAAACGAACAGGGGAGCAAAGAUCACAAGCAUCGACCCAGAGAGAGAGAGAGAGAGUGAGAGAGAGAGAGACCACCAACUUUUCCUCACUAUGAGCUGGAACUAAAAGACAGAGCUUCAGUUUGAGUCUCCAGGUGUGAAGAGCAACCAUGGACGUGAAGAGGAAGGAGAUGGAUCUCCUGAGCAACAGCAUCGCCGCUUUCGCUCACAUUAAAGCAAACCCAGAGAGCUUCGGUCUUUACUUUGUGAUCGGGGUGUGCUUUGGGCUGGUGCUGACACUCUGUCUCCUGGUGAUCCGGAUCUCCUGCAAGCCUCGGAUCGCCGUCCCGCCCGCAGCCCUCGAGAGCAAACGGCUGAAGGACGCCAGCCGCGAAGACGAGGACGACAGCGACGAGGACGACGACGACGACGACGACGAAGACGAGGUCAUCGUGGCGAUGACCCCUCCCCCCAUGACUACCCCCACCACCACCACCAGCACUGAGGUUACCGUCGGCAACCACCACCACAGCCAACUGGACGGCGCACCGAAUGUUUUCACGUCGGCCGAGGAGCUGGAGCGAGCCCAGCGAUUGGAGGAGAGGGAGCGAAUCAUCCGGGAGAUCUGGAGGAACGGCCAACCGGAUAUUCUGGGGACAGGAGCAGGAACUAUUGGACGCGUGCACUACUACUAAAUACACUGUUACCGGUGCUACAGGUCUGAGAGAGGGCCAUGAAGACUAGAAGACCCCUGUCCUGACCCGCAAGACACACACUACCACAGCACAAUGAGCGUGCACGUGAGAAAAUGCACGUGAGUCCAUGUUGGGCUCUCUCCUGGUUCUGAUCCGCAGACAUUUUGAACCCUUUGUAAAGAAGUGAAGUGAGCUCGGUCAACAUAAAAUCCAACUCCUUUGUAGUAACUCUGGGAUCCACUUGAUAAAGCCGUGGUCUUUAACUGACACGUGACAAACGGUGUAAUGUUGCCCUUCAAGUGUACGGAGGCCAUCUUGAGGCCUUCUUCCCAAGACACAUUCCCGCCAUAACGGCAGAGUUGCAAUAUGAACCAAACCAUUGUUUUAAUCAUCUGAUCAUCAUCUGAUGCAUUAACGUCGCCUGGAGCUAAAUGGGACCAAGCACAAAGUUCUUAAAGUUGAUGUAUUCAAAAAUGAUAAUUCAUAAUGACCCACAGAUGACAUAAGGAUGAAGUAUUUUACAAAACAAAUAUAUUUUUUAAAGAUUAUCGUUGAAAUAUUUAAAAUGAGGAAUUUCAAAGUGUCAGUAUAAAUUGUAUUUGAAUUGGACUGAAACUAAACUCAAGAGAGGAAAAGAGAGAAUUAAAGUAUUAGACAGAGAAUAGUAUUCUUUAUGCCGAACCUCAGACUAUUUCAACAGUAUUUUAGAGGACACCAGAGAGAGGCUUGAGGAAGAACCCUCAGCUUAUAUUUCUUCUCAUGGCUCCCAUGAGUGCUUUAAAUCGUUGAGCAGAUACAGGUUUCUAGAAACAGCCAUUAACUAGUGAAAAUUGUUAAAUGUUGGCGUUGCAACAGUAACUGUGGGCACGCCUUAAGGAACCCUAAAGACAGAGGAUAUAAACGGUGAUGUCUGAUGAUCGGUAUGAAAGUCAUAUCCUGUCCCGGCCUGAGGAGAGCUAUCGGUUACAGUACUUUGUGCACAGAUAUAGACUUUCUUGAUGAAACACACGUUUUGCAUUCCAUUUGAUGACAUGUCGCUCGGUGCUUUUGGCCGCUGUCCUUCAACUAAGGAAGGGGAGAAAAAAAUAAAUGUAUGACUUGUGUCCACAGGUUUUGAUUCUGCUGUUUCAUGAAUAAUUCACCAACGCAUGCCACAAUCUGUCCAUCGUUGAGAGGAACCUUUUGUUAAACGUCAAAAAAACUCUAGGCAAACAUACGAUGUGCUGAUUAAACAGAUCAGCUUGGGGCUGACGGCUCGGGUUUCUGACCUCACCAUGCGGGGGCGUCUGUGUGUCCACGACUUCCUGUCUAGUUAGCCAACCCACUUUGGAGGAGGACAAGAGGGUUGAAGGUGGUUUGUUUGCAGGUGGUCUGCUGACUAGGAGGUAACUACAGGUUGCCAUUUUGAGCGAUUAAGCAUGAAUAAACAGCACUCUCAACUCACAAAUAUUUCCACAGGGAGGCGGAACCGACUCGUACAACCUCUGGAAACAGGACUACAGUGUCUCUAUUCAGAAUGUGGGAAAUGUAUCCUCAAACAAACAUCCAAGAUGAGGGUAAACUAUAAUUUAUGGUUCCCUGGCUGAUCCUAGAAAACCCUGCAUCAUAAAUAACUACAGAGGCAUUCACCAAGCUUCACUGUAAUCGCCUGUGUUUGCUAAACAAAGAACUCCUAUAGCAAAGAGCCAUGACAGCCAGCUCCACAGCCUAAACCAAUGACCUUAUCCCUACCAUCAGCAAUGUGCUAUUUUAUACAAUUUUUCAAUCGUAUGAACUAUCCCUGCGGUGGGAGAAAUACUAUUAUUUUUAAUAGUCAAGUGUGUACAAUUUAGUCAUAUGAAUUAUAUUCUUUGUGAUUGAUAGUCCAAUCAACUUACAUAAAAUAAACUAAAACUUUGCUGACAAGACAAACAUGAUAUUAGCUAUAUUUAUUGCAUCCUGUGGGAAAAUCUCGACAACACUUGUCCCCCACACUAUUUUAAAAAUAGUGUAAGUUCCCAUGGAUAUUUCGGAAGCCUCCUCUCUAUAACUAAGUCCAGAUGCUCUCCAGAUGUGUUCUUGAGCAUGUAUGCUAGUCCUGUUUCAGACUUCACGGCAGAGACACAGUCAGGAUCUGAAACCAGAUUUAAAAUAGACCAGGAAUAUGGUCCCAAGAAAAGACAAAGAAGUUGGAAUACUUUCCCUCCUAUAAUCUCUAUUUUACCGUUCUGCCGUCUGUAAAAUAGAGGCGGCACGGGACGGUCCUGUUUCAAGUUGAAGUUGACCACAAUACUUAGAGAUCUGAAAAAGACAGUCUUUUUUUUGUUCCAGUGGUGAUGACAUUUAACAGUGCUGAUGCAAAGGAAUAUGAGCCAACUUGUAACUAGUGCUACAGACUAUCAUUCAUGCAAUUAACAUUCAUGAGACAACUCAUGACAAUUCCUAUUCAUUCUACAGUAGAUUGAAUAAAUUCUGAAUAGGAUAUAGAUGAAUAUAAAUGGUGCAAAUAUUUUUGCUAGGUUUAUUGCUUAUGGGGAACCUCUAGUGGAGAUAAUAGGGCUAACAUAAUCGCAACUCAACCAGUCUCCAGCACACUCGUGUCAAGAUACACGAAACACAGACACACAGACAGACAGUUGGGCAAAAUGUGCUAGCGCUAAAGACAUAGACAAUACUACUAGACCGUUAAUCAGAGGCUGUUGGAUGUAUUUAGACUACAUCAGGUCUGCUGGACAGUGCAAGUCUAGAUACUAACCCCUAAGUCCUUCACUCCCCAUGGGACAUACUGAUCUUCGUGUCUUACAGCA